AACAAAAGGACAUUUCUCAUAAGCCUCUCAACUCAAAGCGCUGCGUUUCUUACCAAAACCAGAACCCAUCGCCGACACCGAAAAAGACGCCUACGGCCCGACCCCAUUCACCUUCUAAAACCCAAUUCGACGCCGUUGCUUUGCUUUCUCCCAUUGCCUUAUCUCUGUCUGUUGCUUUCUCUGGCUUUGCUAAUCUGUCCAAUAUUGAUAUUGGCUGAUGCCUGAACUGAAACCUUUUAGGAAAUUUGGAAGUUGCCCACUGCUAUUGAUGUGAAAUUUGUUCAUACCACUUUUUAGGUCUCAAGUGGUAUCAAAUGGCACCGCUACCUCAAAAUAGCGGCCGCGGCACCACUAGAUUCUUGAAACUUUAAAACAUUGAAGACAGCAAAAGAAAAUGUUCUAUCUAAGCUUAAUCGAGCACACUUUGCGGUUACCACCUCAUCUUCUUCACCUUUCUGUUGAUGAGGCUAUUAAGUCAGAGUUGGAAACCCUUUUCUUAGAUAAGGUUAUUGCAAAAUUAGGACUCUGUAUUUCAGUAUAUGAUAUCAGGUCAAUUAAAGGUGGCUUUAUCUUUCCCGGGGAUGGUGCUUCUACUUAUACGGUUGAGUUCAGAUUGAUUGUGUUUCGUCCAUUUAUUGGUGAGAUUAUUGUUGCCAAACUUAAAGAAUCUGAUGCUAGCGGCUUGCGCUUGUCACUUGGAUUUUUUGAUGACAUUUACAUACCUGUCCACCUUUUGCCGACCCCGUCCCGCUUUGAAGCUAUCCCUAAUACUAGAAAUCAAGGCAGAUGGAUAUGGGACUUUGGAGAUGCAGAAGAAGCACAGUCCGAAGAACCACGAUUUGUUAUUGAUGGGUCAGAUCCGAUUAAAUUUCGAGUUGAUAGUGUUAUUUAUCCUUCGAUUCCCCUUGAACAACCAGAGAAUUCGAAACCAUUUGCCCCGAUGGUGAUUACUGGAACAAUAAACUACGAUGGUUUGGGGCCGGUUUCGUGGUGGGAGGAAGCUGAAAUGAUUCAGGAGGAUGAAUAGGCUCGCUAACAUUUAGUCCUAGUCGUUUAUAGUUCUCAACACAAGGCUUGACAAAUAUUUUUUCACCUGUGGGUGUUUAUAUCAUGCUUCUCCCUAACUACCAGAGUACAUGAGCUCCAUUUGCUUGGAGAUUAAUCCACUCAACCGUAACCAGCUAACAAAAAUGCUUAAAGUCGAGGAUCCAAGUUGUAGUCUAUUGGUUGACUGUUUACUUUUCUUAAAAAUAGUUUGUGUUCGAAUCUAUCAACGUAUCAAAAAAAAAUUGUUAACACAA